AUGAACCGUAUCAUACUACUACUACUGUUACUAGUCCCUGGACUGGAACCUUCACCACUUCAACUACUGUCAUUGCUUCUACUGACUCGGUUGAUACCAUCAUCAUUCAAGAACCAACUCCAAAUCCAACUGUCACUACCACUGAGUAUGGAUCUGUUUCUGAACCAACCACCAUCACCUACACCAACCCACCAGGUGGCACUGAUUCUGUUGUUGUCAUUGAACCACCAAACCCAACUGUCACCACCACCGAGUAUGGUUCCGUUGAAACUACCAUCACAUAUACCAACCCACCAGGUGGUACUGAUUCUGUUGUUGUCAUUGAACCACCAAACCCAACUGUCACCACCACCGGAGUAUGGAUCUGUUUCUGAACCAACUACCAUCACAUACACCAACCCACCAGAGUGGCACUGA